UUCUCGAGACGCGGUCUGAGCGCCGUCCAGGGCAAAUCACCGCCCGGCAACACGACGGCACCGCUCCACCCGCCAGUGUUGGCACCCGCGCUAGCCAGACCCACUGAGCCACUACUGGUAUCGAGCAGGAGAGCUCCCAGAGCUGUCGUCACGUUUCCGCCGCAUUCACCAGCCCGCUCACUCGACCCUCGCACCACCCCCAUCAGCGCCUACUGCCUUGUGCACCCCUUGACACCCCACCCGCCCACUCGUCGUCAUCGUCGUCGUCUGCAGUCAUGUCCGGCAGCGGGGCUCGAGAAGCAGUCUUUGCGACGCGGCAAUCGCUGUCGCUGAUGAAGGGCAAGCUCAAGGGCGCCCAGACAGGCCACGACCUGCUGAAGCGGAAGAGCGAGGCCCUGACAAAGCGUUUUCGAGAAAUCACACGCCGCAUCGACGAGGCCAAGCGCAAGAUGGGCCGGGUCAUGCAGGUCGCGGCCUUCUCUCUCGCCGAAGUCACAUACGCCGUCGGCGGCGACAUUGGCUACCAGAUCCAGGAGUCGGUCAAGCAGGCGCGCUUCCGCGUGCGCACCAAGCAGGAGAACGUCUCCGGUGUGCUCCUCCCUCAGUUCGAAUGCUUCACGGCCGAAAGCAACGACUUCGCCUUGACGGGCCUGGGCAAGGGAGGACAGCAGGUGCAGAGGUGCAGAGAAACGUAUGCGCGAGCCGUAGAGACGCUGGUCGAGCUGGCCAGUCUGCAGACUGCCUUUGUCAUAUUAGAUGAGGUCAUCAAGGUGGUCAAUCGCCGUGUCAACGCCAUUGAGCAUGUCAUCAUCCCCCGCACAGAGAAUACGAUCAAGUACAUCAACUCGGAGCUGGACGAACUUGACCGCGAGGAAUUCUACCGCCUGAAAAAGGUGUCUGGUAAGAAGCAAAGGGAUGCCGCCGCCGAAGAUGCAGCCAGAGAGGCAGCCCAAGAGGCCGAGCACGAGAAGGGGGAAAGUGCUCCAGCCAAGGACGCAGCCGAGAGCGAGGAUCUGCUCGGGGACAAGGACAACGAAGACGUCAUCUUCUGAGGCCUGUCGAUGUCGGUCAGAAAGGCCGGGCGUAGGGGUUGUUGCUUUUGUAGCCAGUCGAGUAAUACGCAAACUGCUCUUGUCUGACGUUCUCAACUGAUCUAUCGUAAUCGGGGAUCCAAGGAUGUGCAUGCGCGACAGGCGUAGGCGCAGACAGAACCUCCCUAGAUUGAAAGAUGAGAAAAUACUUCACAGAACGCGUCAAAACAGGCGAAGUUGAUAGCAGCAGUCGAUAUCAUAAUCGCAAAACAAAAGGUAUCAUAAAAAAACGUCAUAGUCCACAAUGCAAUAAAACCUACUGCC